AUGCUUGCCCGGCAAUCUUUGGGCGCAUCACCCGAAAUCCGUCGAGACACCUCUGAAUUCAACCCGCUCAAUCCCGUCAUUCGCCAUGUGUCCAUGGAAUCUCAUCAUAAAGUCAAGAGUGGUCGCGGGCGCACGGUAAAGCACAUUAAGCUCUCUAAGCCCAUCAGGGUCAAUCGCAAGGGAGAGAGGAUAAAAGAGAUCUCGGCGCCGCUGCAGCGUAAAUACCUGGGCGAGGAUUCGGAGGUGCUCAUUCUGCGAGACAUCACGCCCAUACGGAAGGAAGUGGAGCGAGAUGAUGAUGUCGACGAAUCUUCGGCCACGGCCGCCGCCACGGGCGAGGAGGACCCCGCGACGAAGCGGCGGAGGGAGAUACGAGAGGCGCUCGAGGCGUCGAUAGCGGGCAAGCAGGCCGUGGCCGGGCAGGAAGAGGCCAACGAGCAGAUCAACAAGCUGCGCCCGGUGUCGGCCGAGGGCCCGCAGUACCCGGCCUUCAUCUCGCGCAAGGACUUGAAGGCGCUGCGCACGGCGCUGAAGGACGGCUACGCCGUGGCCCAGCUGCGCCGCUACGCGGACGUGCAGGAGAGCCUGGACCAGCUGCAGCAGCUGAAGCGCGAAGAGCGCGCCGAGCUGGGCGUGCUGUGGGAGUCGGCGUGGCAGGAAGGCACCUCGCCCAUCGAGCAGAGGUUGUCCGAGGCCGAUAGGCCGGAUGUGCCGGUGGCUGCGCUGCCUAAGAUGAAGGUGGUGGACCGGAUUAUAAGAGGGUUGUGGGGCGUGGGUGUCAUUGAGGAGAGCGACGCGUUGGGCGAGAUUGAGAUCAAGCUUGAGCCGUGGCAAUUUGAUCUUUUGACCCUCGCAAAGCAGAGCGAGAAUUUCACCAUCCUCGACAAUAUCGGAUAUCAACGAAAAGUCCGGAUUGAGUCGUAUCGUCCCGAGAACAUUCUUCGGUUCACCGCGGAGAGAGAGACCGCCGAGGCAGCUGUCACCGAUAUCGAGCGCCUGCUGAGACGAUUUUUGAUCAGGAAGUUGGACUUGCAGGACUUCGAGUCGCUUCGUCAAAAGCGCGGCUUGGAGACACUGAGGGAUUUCUUCUCUCAGAAGGAUUUGGAGUUCACUGCGAGAUUGAGCAACACCGUCAUAGACAGCUCAUCCGAGUCCGCGAUCAUGAUCUACGCCAUGGAUACUAGCACUUUCGAGUUGGCACGACGAAUCCUGAUCAACAUAAUAAAUCCUCCUUCUGGCGCCGAAACCAGCAUUAUGGCAGAUGCUGAAGGAGAGGGCUUCUUGCAGACCAGCGGCGCUGACAGUUCAUUACACUACCGGGAUAGAGAGAAAAACUACGCACGCUGGACCUUUCCAGUCAAAAGAGAGGAGCCUACGCGCGAGACGAGUCAAGCUUUGGAUGAAGAGCCGGCAUCCGAAAUACUGGAGGAUUCCACGAAUACUCCGACGGAGGCACAACCUGACCACACUCCUGGUGACAGAACACAAGAAGUUGGCAGCGCUAACAGUCGAUCGCAACCUGCUCAGAAAGUCAUCGAUUUCUUCACCUCACGAUAUGGCCGUUCGAGUGAUGCCUCAAGGGAGCCUCGUGGCGCAACCCGAAAGGAAUCUCUUUGGUCGCCUUUUCCGCUGAUUGAGUACUAUGCCACUUUUGGCAAUAUCCUUCACAAGCCUCCUCCAACCAGCGAUCCGCUGUCGCCAAUCUCCUUUCAAAACAUAGUCGAGCACGAAGGUGGUCCCAAGCGAAUCUUCCUCCAUACCCUUCCUGGAUUCAGUCCGUUUCUACAACAUAUCACGUCCAAAGCAAGUCUCUCCCGCCAUUCGAACGACUUGUUACUGCCUGAUGCUCUCCUUUUCCGUUUCAUACCAUCUCCGUGGGACCUCGAAGAUCCAUCAUCGCUGGAGGAUUUCCCGGAGAUGGGAUUGCGGAUUGAAGUUAACUCACUAUCAGGCAAAGCACGCUUCCAAGGAUUGGGCAUGACGCUUCGAGAGCGAAACAUGGACGUGCUGAUGCCUGGAAAGCCGGUUGAUGUCCGUUUCACCCAGCGUGAAGUUCUUUGGACGGAUCGGAUCCUGGAUCGUUCUGAAGAAAUUCGGGAUUACCUCACUCGUAUCACCACCAAUGUCGACGGUGGUGGAGCCAUCCGAGCUCCUCCGACGCUAACAAUACGAAUUCCUGCUUGGGCUGUGAAGAACUCGGACAAGUACAAACAUCUACCGUUCGAGUUCACGAAGCUCGGAAAAGAGUACAUCAAGGAGUUCAUCUACACCGGCGUCGAGCACAGGCAGAUGUCCAGAUACGAGCUUCCAAACGGCCAGCACCGCGUGUCUUACACGUCUGUCGAAGGCGGCAGGGUGGGUGGGCGUCGCGGCGAAUUGCGUCUACGGCUUAGGGGAGCUGCCAAGACUACGGAGCAGUUGAAAGCACAGGUGCCGGGACUGGUCGAAGAGGCGUUCAACAUGGCGUCUACGAUCGAGGAUGCCGUGCACCACAGGUUGCAGCCAUCUGAUCCGAACGUCAAGAGUUAUAUGUAUCAUCGAAACUACAAGAGGCUCUCGCGUGAGGGAACGUUGGAGGAUCCGCUGCCGCCCACUUACAGGGACCCUGAUGAUGAGGGUGGCAAGAAUGUGGAGAAGGCGGCGUCGGAGGGUGGCGAGACUGAGCAGGCCACUGCCCAGGCAAAGGAAGAAGCUAAUAACGCGCGCGUCGUGGAUGAUGAUGCGCCGUUGCAGCCAGGUGCGAAUUGA